UUGGCACUCCUGGAGAAAUCCCGGGAAUUCUUCCAGAUCUGUGACCGAGAAGAGAAAGGAUUUAUUAACCGAGCAGAUUUGCAGCACCUUCAGACUGAGCUGUCCCUCAGUUCAAAUGAACUCCAGGAUGUGUUCGAUGUCCUGGAUGCUGAUCAGAAUGGCUCCCUGACCUUGGAGGAGUUUACCACAGGAUUUAGUCAGUUCCUGUUUGGAGAAAAGACAAUUGUAGACAAGUUAAAGAGAAGCCAGGAUCAGCCUGAGAGCCUGUACCUGAAUCAAUGUACCCAACAGUUGGUAACAGCUGAUGAUGAGGAGGAGCACCACUUCCAAACCAUGAUGGAGAACCUGGGAGCAAGGAGCCUCUUUAAAGACCAACAAGAAAUCCGAAACUUAUGGACACAACUGAGAAAGGAUGAGCCACGUUUACUUAGUCAUUUUGAAGAAUUUCUGGAAAGAGUUUUUAUUCAGAUCCAAGAAGCCAACGAGGAAAAGGAAAUGAUGGAAUUUGCUCUAAAAAGAAAAGCAGCAGAAUACAGUGAAGAAAUAAAACAUCUUUAUAAUGAAAUGGAGCAACAAAUAAAAAGUGAAGAAGAUAAAAUGUUUCAGAAAAAUUCAGAUUCGAGGUCACGAUGCCAAGAACUGGAAUAUGUGCUGAGUGUUAAAGAGCAACAGCAGGAAGAACUUAUUCAAAAUCAAAACAGGCUGGAGAGACGGUGUGUCGAGCUGCUGAGUGAGAAACAAGAGUCAAAGCUAGAGAAUCAGAGGCUACGACAGAUGAAUGAUGAGUUGGAGAAACAUCUCCAGAAAGUGAAUAAUGACCUGCUGGGUGUUCACCGUCAAAUGCAGGUACUGGAGGAAGAAACAUCUCAACAGCAGGAAGAAAGAGAAAUGGAGCUAUAUCGAGUGACUGAGGGUCUGGAGAGAGAGAAGUUGAGCCUCUGUAAACAGUUAGAUCUCCUCAGGGAAAUGAAUAAACAUCUUCAAGAGGAACGAGAUAUGUCCCUGAUGGGUUUUCAGAAACCUUCCGUCCGUGGCUCUUCCGCCUUCUUGAAUCAAAGGGUAUCUGUCAUCACUGAUCCACAUACAGAUCCCAGGCUGUUCUGCAACAGGAAUGGUGAUGACCAGGAAGAACAUAGUAAUUCCAAGAUACCCUCGAAGAAUGUGGGACAUAGGCAUGGACACAGCCUCAUUGGGAAAGAAACCGACAAGGAAUCCAAAUCCAAAACCAGUGAGAGACUGUACUUGCAGAGAAUUAUUUCCAUUGAAGAAGAUCCAUUGCCCCAGUUCCUUGAAAUGCAUUCUGCAACCCAGUUAAAUGACUGGACCGAGGUGGAAGAGGAGAUGGAGAAUGAGCAGGAGGAAGAGCUGGUGCAGGAAAGGAAUAGUCCACAGAAUGGAAAAGUCCUUUCACUUCCAAGAACGCAGCCUGCUGGUGAAGAAGCUUCGAUGCCGGUCAAUGAAUCGCACUCCAAUCCUGACCGUUUAUUUAAAAUCAUUUUUAUCGGCAAUUCCAGUGUGGGGAAAAGUUCUGUUUUAAGAAGGUUUUGUGGCGAGGGUUUUAACCCUGGAAUGUGUGCUACCGUCGGUAUAGACUAUCAUGUGAAGACAGUAAAUGUAGAUAAUUGCCUACUGGCUCUGCAGCUCUGGGACACAGCAGGACAGGAACGGUUUCGUAGUGUCACAAAGCAGUUCUUCCGUAAGGCCGAUGGAGUCGUUCUCAUGUACGACAUCACAGCUGCGACCACCUUUCGCGCUGUUCGGCAGUGGCUGGAGAAUGUGCAGGAGGGAGCAGGCCCUGAGAUCAUAAUCCUGCUCCUGGCCAAUAAAACCGAUCUGGAAAGUAAGCGGCAGGUUGCCAGUGAGGAGGGUCACCGAUUGGCUAAGGAAUGUAAUUUGAUUUUCUAUGAGUGCAGUGCCUUCUCAGGUGUCAAUAUAACCGAAUCCAUGAUGCAUUUGGCCAGACUUCUGAAGGAACUCGAAGAUAAGGAAAAGGAGAAGAUUGUUGAGCUGUGUGAAGAUUCUCCCAAACAGAAAACUUGCUGCUCAAAAUAAUGAGGAGCAUUUGUCACAUCCAAUCACCAGAGGAGCCUUUGUGUUACCUGAGAGGAACACACUUUGUGCUAUUUACAUCUCACUGCAGGAUAUUGUAGAGAACAUCUGAACGAGAAACACAAAUUGAAUUUCAGUUGAUGUGUCAGCUGGCAACUUGAUCAUUAGAUCCUUCAGCUAAUGUGAUGCCAUUUAAGAAAUGUGCGGCUUGUUUGAGAUUGGGGAUUCUAAACUCCUCCAGCAAAUACAAUGGGACCAUUUAAACAGUAGCUGAUGGUAAGUGACAAACUGGAUGCAGUAGGAGUUUAUAAUUUAAUCCAGUUAUUGCACAAAGUGAAAGGAGCCUUGGAACUUUGAAUUUGUAUUUUGUCUGGUUGAGUCCUGUACCCCUUAAGUAUCUGUCACAGCUUCUGUUUGUGUUGGAGAGUCUUGGAGACUAGGCUGAGAAAUCUGUGAAAUGUGUUAAAUUCUAUACAUUCAGCUUCUGGAAAUGCAAAGGAAAAACCCGGUGUUUUAGUAUGAAGAUAGAAGAAACUCAAUAGCAGAGAGGGUAUAACAAGCAAGCUUGGGAAAGAUAAUUGUUUUUUCAUUCUCACAUAGGAUAUGGGCACUGACAGCAAGGUCAGUAUGUAUUGUCCUUUCCUGAUUGCUUCUGGAACUAACAGCUUGUCGAGAUUAUUUGACAAGGUUACUCAAGCAUUAAUCACUUUGUCAUAGAUCUGGAUCACAUGUAGGCCAGACUGGGUAAGGAUGACAGAUUUUCUUCCCUAAAGGGCAUUGGUGCCAGAUGGUUUUUCAGGAAAACUGAUGAUCGUUUCACAGUCACCAUCAUUGAGACUAGCUUUCAAUUUUUGGAUUUAUGAAUUCCACCAGUUUUUCACAGAAUCCCUACAGUGUGGAACAGGCUAUUUGGCCCAACUAACAUUGACCCUCCAAAGAGUAUCCCACCCAGACCCAUUCCCCUACUCAAUUACUGUACAGUUCCCAUAACUAAUGCCCUUAACCUACACAACCCUGAACACUAUGGGCAAUUUAACAUGGCCAAUUCACCUAAGCUGCACAUCUGUUGGAC